AUGCCAAGUGCAUAUUUGCAGGAAGAAGACGCACAGAAUCCUCCACAACGUUCAAUAUGGCAAAGGAUACUUAUGUAUGGAGUGGCAGUUUUUUUUAUGCUUUCUAUGUUUGGUAAUCGAGAUACUAAGAGCAGCUCCAGUAAAAGUAAUUCUCCCUUACCUGAUAACAGUUUCCAAAGAGGUGUUAACAUGGGUUAUGCUCCUUUUGCAGAAAAAGGUGAUUUAUAUACCAUUAUUAUAAAUUCAAGCGAUAAUGAGAUUUUUCCUGGAGCUUUGUUUACAGAUCUGGUUUUCGCAGGUUCUGAACAAGAGAUACUUCAUCAGUAUAGUGUUAAUCUGAGCAAAUGCGCCACCAAAAAUUGCAGUUUGACACUUGAUAUAAAAGUACGUAUUAAGAAUAAGGAAUAUGUUCAAAGCUUUUCACUUAUUCGGUUUUUACCACCACGACGCAUAAGACAGGAGCAAAAAUUAUUUGAUAAAUCUAAUAACGUUGAUAAUGCAAGUAGUUUUUUAAACUUACAACCUGAUUCCCCAUGGAAAGGAUAUUUUCAACCGACAUUAACAUUGAGUCCUAUUGUAGAUUUCUCCAACCCACUUCCCCCACAAAUCAAGUCGUAUUACCAUUUAGAUGAAGUUACACAGAAGUACCUUCCUUUAAUUUAUAUUAACAAUUUUUGGCUGUUGCGAGAUCAUUUGUUGGAGAUCAAUGCUACAACAGUGACUUCCCCAUUUAAUUUUACUGUUAUUAUGUCCCCACUUCCUUUAUGGAAAUUUGCAAUUUAUAUUAACUUUGAGCAGUCUAUGAAACAACAGCAGGAAAUGGGUUUAUCGAAAUCAGAAGAUUCGGAUGAAAUAAAACGAAUAUUUUUGGAGACAAAUCCAUAUUUUCUGGGGUUGACGUGCGUGAUAACAUUGAUGCACAUGUUGUUUGAGUAUUUGGCAUUUUCGAACGACGUAAAAUUUUGGCGCAAUCGAAAAGAUUUUAAAGGUUUAUCGCUUCGAACAAUAGUGAUGAAUUGCUAUUUUCAAACUAUUAUCUUUCUCUACCUUUUGGAUGGGGAUGAAACGUCAUGGACUAUCUUGCUACCCAGUGGUUUUGGUGUCCUCGUUGAGUAUUGGAAGUUGGCACAAACUGCGCGAUUGGUGCGGGGUGAGGGUAGGUGGUGGAAAAUAGAAUUCAGUGAUAGUUAUGAUAAACGAACGCGCAAACACGAUGACAACGCUGUACGUUAUCUUAUGUAUGUUAUGACACCUAUCCUAUUCUGCUAUACUGUCUAUUCAGCACUUUUUGAGACCCAUAAAGGAUGGUACUCUUUCAUAAUUAGUACACAAGUACGUUUUAUUUAUUUUUUUGGGUUUGCAAUGAUGACGCCGCAGAUAUUCAUCAAUUAUAAAAUGAAAACUGUCACUCAGCUUCCCUGGCGUACCUUUGUGUACCGUGCUCUUAAUACUGUUAUUGACGAUCUUUUCGCAUUCAUAAUAAAGAUGCCAUGGCUCCACAGACUUGCAUGUUUCCGUGACGAUGUCGUUUUCCUUAUCUUACUCUACCAGCGGUGGAUUUAUCCUGUUGACUCAAAUCGUAGUGAAGGGUCCUCUGAUUACGGCGAUGAUGAGGAUGGCACUAGUAGGAAUGAAGGAGAAGUUGAACAAAAACACCUUGAUAACAAGGAAAACCAAGAACAAAUGGAAGAAAAGAGUGACCAUGAGUGUCAUGAAGGAAAAGAGUCAACAAACGAGUCUAAGAAGAAACAGUAA